GAGGUCAUUCCACUUAAAUUUUCCUAGACAUGGUGGAAUAUACCCUGAUAAAUAAUUUGUCCCCAAGGUCCAAUAUAUGAAGAUGCAAGAGAUGGCAUAGUUACUUCAUUGCUAGUGGGCUUUACAGGGAUAUGCUCCGGCAUUUCUUUUUUGAUUUGUAAUUGACCACAAGAAAAUGGCGAUGUUCCAAUCACCGGGAAAUGAAUGUCUUGUCGUUCAUUUCGUUCCACGACUUGAUUAGAAAGCCCACAAAAGGCCCAAAUCCAACAACCAGAAAUCUGGAGGGAAGGGAAAACUUUACCUCCAACUAGUAAAAUAGAAAAAUCGGUCGGCGCUGUAGCGAUUUCUUUGUAUGAGCAUAAAACCCGAGGCUGAGGCGAGGGGGCAAUGGUGAGAGAAAGGAAAGGCAGUGUCUUUCACUAAAACUGUACACAAAAGAAAUCCUAGAAAGCGAAAAGGCAUGGAGGGGAACAACCCAAUAUGUACAAUUAUAGCCAUAGACCACUCCAAUCUCUCUUACAGAGCUUGCUCUCUUUGUGAAAGAACUCUUCCCGAUACUCCUAAUUCUCUUUGCAGAUUCUGCAACUCUUCUUCUUCCAAGCGCUUCUUUCGCCUUCUUGUGUCAAUAGCCACUGACACAAAGGUGCUUAAUGUGAUUUGCUUUGAUAGGGCUGCUAAGGUGUUGUUUGGAUGUUCUGCUGAUGAAUUUUUUGACUUUGCCAAGUUUCAUCCUUUUGCUGCUGCCAAUGCUGGAAAAUUUCUAGAAGGGGAGAUGUUUAAAAUGACACUGUCCAAACCAAAGAAUGGUAAUGCUCAGCAUUUGCGAGCUGUAUCAGUUGUGCCUUUGAGGACUGGUUUCCAGCCAGCAAUUGAGUCUUUAAGGGCAUUGUAUGGGGUAAGAUUAUGUUCUUGAUUCUUCGUUUGAAUUCCUUGACAGGUUAUCUAUUUUGAUAGGAACUAUUAUAUAUUUUUUUUAUUUUUAUCCUUACAAGUAAUCUGGCCAAGUGAUUUGUGUGAUUUCUAUUGUCACUGUUGAUAGAAGUUUGCAUUGCACUGCUCGGAGAUUAAAAAGCCAAAAUGAGGUUUCUUUUUGUUGUUGAUAUAGUUUCGUUGAUUGAUUUUCUUUA